UCCGUGACAACGCGGAAAUGAGUAACUCUGCUGCCCAGUAGAGCUGGGCGGGAGGAGUCUAAGAGGCGGGAGCCGCUGAGGACUAGUCGCCCGCAUCCCUGGAUCCCCGCAUCCUGCUGACCCGGGACCACGAUCCGCGCGUGGAGCGAGGCCCACUCGGUACCCCCGCGGCCGUCGCGGCCUAACGAACACUGCAGCUAUGGCCAUGGGACUCUUCCGGGUCUGUCUGGUUGUGGUGACGGCCAUCAUUAACCACCCACUGCUGUUCCCUCGGGAGAACGCCACCGUUCCGGAGAACGAGGAGGAAAUCAUCCGCAAGAUGCAGGAGCACCAGGAGAAGCUGCAGAUGGAGCAGCUGCGCCUAGAGGAGGAGGUGUCUCGUCUGGAGGCCGAGGAGGAGGAGGAGGAGGAGGCUCUGUGGCAGGUGGAAGAGGAGGACCAGCAGGAGCCAGAGGCCCACACCACCUGGGACCUCUGGGGCACUCUCUGCAUGAUCUUCUUCCUGAUCAUCGAGGUAUGGCGGCAGGACCACCAGGGGGGCGCCUUUCCGGAGUGUCUGGGCGGAGACGAGGAUGAGGUGUCUGGACUAGAGGGCCCCCCACUGCGGGGCCUGCGCCUGCCCAACAGGGCCACCCUGGACUACUUCUAUGAGAGCUAUAUCCGAAGCGCCACGGGGGAUGUCACCCGCACCCGGGAGUUUGUGGAAGGUUUCGUGGAUGACCUGCUGGGAGCCCUGAGGAGCAUCUACAACCGGAACAGUGACAUGGAGACAGAGGACUUCAUCGGCGUGGGCAGCAUGUAUGAAAACUGGCACGCGGAGAGGCCACUGCUGUGCCGCCUGUUCGUACCCUUCAUACCCCCAGAGCCCUAUAGCUUCCACACGGAGUUCUGGUGCUCCAGCCCUUCAGUGCCGCUGGAGCAUCAGGGCUAUGGCCAGAUCAAGGUGACCCUGGCUGACGGGAACCCUCUAGGUUGUAUCUGCGACAAGACCAAGCUUGAGGACAUGGUGUGUCUCCUCCACGAAGAGAAUGGAGGGGCGUGGCCCAGCUGCGCCGAUAGCGGCGAGUUGGAGGGCUUGCUGUGUUCCAGAGACUCCUCCUAUCUAGAUGGCAUGCAGGUCAUGAAGUGGUUCCAGACGGCCCUCACCAGAGCUUGGCACCGCAUCUCCCACAAAUACGAGUUUGACCUCACCUUUGGCGAGCUGGACACCCCAGGGUCCCUCAAAAUCAAGUUCCGCUCAGGGAACUCCAUGCCCUUCAUCUUGACUCCCGUGAUCCAGUGUAAUGACUCAGACCUGUACUUCACGUCACAACUUCCCAAGGAGCCCUGCGGGGGAGCCGCAGCCUCUAGCACUGACUGGAUCCUGUCCUUUGCUGUCUAUGAGCGACAGUUCCUCCAGAUGACAGCUAGGACUUUGCCAGAGGGUGCCUGCCACCUCAGCUGUUUGCAGAUCGCCUGCUUCUUUCUCUCCAAGCAGACCCGUCAGACAGGCCCCAGUGGGCUGAGUGACUACCACCUAAAGACUGCUCUGCUGCAUCUCCUGCUGUCCCGGCAGGCCGCUGACUGGAAGGCCAGCCAACUGGAUGUGCGCCUGCAGGAGCUGUUCCGCUUCCUGGAGAGGAGCCUGCUGGAGAAGAAACUCCAUCACUUCUUCGUGGGCAACCACAAGCUGUCUGAGGCGGUGGGUCUCCCAGAGGCUGUGCGCAGAGCCGAGCCUCUCAACCUCUUCCGGCCCUUCGUCCUGCAGCGGACCCUGUACCGUAACACAGUAGACUCCUUCUAUGAAAUGCUUAAGAACGCCCCAAUGUUCAUUAGCGAGUAUUCCCCCCAUGUCCCUUCAGACCGUGCCAGCUCACCACUGAAAGCUGUCGCCUUGUAGAGUAUAAGAUUCAGGGGAAGAGGAGGGAGAGCAGCCCGUGUGUCUACCUUCCUGGGCUCUGUGACCUCACACAGGGAACACGGUAGGCCUAGAGGGAGCUGAGGCUCAGCUCCCCGGGAAGCCAGGUCCUACAGAGUGAAGGAAGCAGAGUUACAACUAGACACUGGCUCGCCUUUCUGCCACGGGGGCUUGUUGGUAAAACCAUUGUUUGGGGUUUGGGCACCAAUGUUUGUAGCUUAGUUUUAGAUCACUAUGAAUGACCAAGACAAUGACCCAACAGUCUUAGGUACUGAGUUAGAGAGAAGGCAAGCACUGGUUUGAAUGCAGUCCUUUCUGUAUUACAGUCCAUUCUGUGUUCUGUAUCAAAAGAGGAUCUACUAGGAAUUGCUGAGACCCAGCACUCCACCCCAAGAACCCCUGGCCCCAGCCAUCUGCAACUGAGCCGUGAAUGGGAACCGAUAGGGGAAUUUACAGCCUUUGAACCACAUCAUGCACAGGAAUAGAAGUCUCACAGUGGCUGCCUUAGCUAAAAGAACCUGGCAGAAGUCCAGGGGCCUGGUGGAUAAUAUCUCCAUUACAGAGAAGUGGGGCCUUGAUGGCAGCGUGUCUAAAGUGGGCCAGUUUCUCAGACACACAUCUUACUCAGGUGCAGACCCUCUCUCCCUGUCCCUUCACCCUUGCAUCAGGUCCCAAUCACUGUGGGUUGCCAUUUAUUUACCACAUUGGGUACUGGCUCCGAAGCCCCACCCCCUCCAGCCAGCAGUAUGGUAGAGGGGCACAGGUACUCACACCUGGCUGGCACUUUGGCCCACUUUGAGGGAAGUUACAGAGUCCUGGGGCAAGGAUUAUGAUAUCCCUAACCCAUCCUCAGGGUCCUGGUAGGGAAGGGUAGGUUUGUAAACCCCGAGUGCUAUGAAAACCCAGGUCUGGUCCGCAGAACCAGAGUACCUCCCAGUUCCUAACCAAGAGGGCCUCACCCACUGGACAUCUCUAAUCUUGUCUACACAGGCCUCGGUGGCCUCAUAGAGGACCCAGACUUAAAGAACUUGAUGGAGGCUAUGCUCACUGGGGUUCUCUAUGAGAUAGCCUGGCUACCCAAAGGAGCGCUGUGGACCCCAGACAAGUACCAGAACCUGAGGCUGGACUCCCGUCCAGACCUGUUUCAGAGGAUCCAGCAGCUUCUCUUCCACUUGACCUUGACCAGCUGUUUGGGAUUUCUUCUCCACAUCUCCUUGCUAACUUGUACAGUGGACCAAAGAAGAUCGAGGUGGCACCUGCUAGCUCUCCAGAGGUGUAGGCAUCAAAACCAGGCUUCCCUUCACCCCACACGUGCCUCAUGUGGUCUCAAAGAUCUCCAGAAGAUGGACCAUUUAGCCACCAAGGUUAAGCGGUGGGAGGUGGAGAGGAUGUGGCGCAUGCGUGUUGGCCGGAGACUCUAGGAUGCCUGAGUGCCAGCGGAGGUUAAACCAAACAUGUGCAGACCUGCCCCUCCGCAGCCUCAGAGUGACAGCCUAGGACCCAGUCACGGAACCUACUCAACGUGUAGCUCUGUCAACAGCCCUGAGCCGCCUCGCCCCGAGAUGUGCCUUCCAGAGUCGAGACAGAUGCUCUUAUGUCAUCUGGGCCUUUUCCUGCUCAUUUAUAUCUGGCUGCGCUUCGAGAGAACCCAGCAUCCAAGAACCAGCCUCCAGAAGCCAAGGCCCAACCUGGGCCUCCUUCAGCUUCCCUUCUCUUUGGGAGAAGGCCACAGGAAGAACAACCCUGGUCCUUGACUGCUGAACACCGGGCAGGAUAGGAUCCCGUCCCACACCAGGGCUGCUUUGGAAGCAGCAGGGCUCUUAGGGUUUCAUGCUGCCUUAUUUAUAUUAAAAGAAGAAUUAAAUUCUU